AUGACAGAAAAAACUUACUCAAGUUGUCUUAAAGUUUUGGACAUGAAAACAAUGACCCGGAAAUUGUUGUCGGUUUCCUGUCCAAAUGUCUACUGUAAGGAAAAUUUGGUGUUUGCUUCAGAUGCCACCACUGUUUAUUGCCAAUCAUGUGGUGAGCAGCACAAGAAAGAGACUAUUACAGAUGUUUUUUCAUUCCAUGAAUCUAAGAAACCUGGAGACACCAAAGUGAAUGGAAUUUCCUGCUACAUGUGCAAAUUGUUAUCUCCCCUGCUGACCCGUUAUGGAAUGACCAAGGACACGGGCGAGGCAAAAUUGUUAUCCCAAAUGGGCAAGGGUGAGAUUUUCGAUUGCAGUCGUCUCAGUAGCCGGGCAUUUCUCAUAGAACCUUGCAACCUCAAUGUCCCUGGCUAUGGCUGUGACACUACGGGUAGCCUUGACUAUUUAGCUGAAACCCUGUGUGAAAUCAAAAAGGCUAAUGCAAACGAUGAACGACUUGUGCCAAUCCAUGCUGAUGGUGAUGGACACUGUCUAGUCCAUGCCAUUUCUCGAGCUCUUGUUGGCCGUGAACUUUUCUGGCAUGCUCUCAGGGAGAACUUACAACUUCAUUUCCAAGAGAAGUUGGAAUUGUACAAAAUGCACUUUCAGGAUUUCAUUUAUCUUUCUGAAUGGCAAGAGAUAAUAGACGAGUGCAAACCAGACUUUGUUCCUCGUGAAGGUGAGCUGCUUGGACUCCGGAAUAUCCACAUAUUUGGUUUAGCCAAUGUACUUAAGCGUCCAAUUGUUUUAUUGGAUUCUAUUGAUGGGAUGAACAGUUCAGGUGAUUAUUCAGGUGUGUUCCUGCCAGCCCUUUGCAACAAACAAGAAUGUUUGGACAAAGAUGGCCAACUAAAUAAACCUCUAUGCAUUGCUUGGAGCAGCUCGGGUAGGAAUCAUUACAUUCCACUAGUUGGAAUUGAAGGCAAGCCAGCACCUCGUCUGCCACGGAGCAUGUUACAGAAAGCUUGGGGAAUGCCUGUCAAUAUUAUUAAUGAAUAUGUUAAUUUUGAUGAGAAUGGCUGCUGCACAAUUGGAGGAAAUAAACUCAGUGACAGAUACAUCCGGAAACUAAUUGAUGCAAUGGAAAAAGUCUACUAUGAGAAAAACCUUGUACAGCCAAGCUUGGUUGCUGACACAUAUCAACUUUUACGCAGGGAUUCAGUCAUUGAUAGUAUGAAGCCAGACACAGUCAUGCACAUUUGUAAACAAUUAAUUCAGCAAUGUCAACUUUAUCGCUGCCUUAACUGUAAAAGUCUAAACAACUGUAACAUACCACAAGAUCGGUUCAUCAAUACUGGGCAACUUGAAGUUGUUCUGCGUGAGUCAUAUAUAAAAGAUAUCGUCUGUGAAGAUUGUAAGGUAAAUAGAUUACGUUUGGUAAAGGCUAAUGGCAACAUAUGUUAUCAAAAUGGGGACCUGGUUUCAAAUCCACAAGGCAACAAAUAUUAUUGGAAUGGAAUCUUUUAUAACAAUCUGCCACAAGUUUUGCCACUGACAUUGGAAUGGAAAAAUAAAAACAUUGCUGUGAAAGUACUUUGGUUUGAAAAUGAAAGUGAUGCUUCAUUGGAUAGUAAUGCUUAUGAAAUUGGACAACAGUUGGUGCAUGAACAUUUCCCAGGAGAAUUUAACACUGAAUCUCUUGUGACAUCUCUUGUCAACCAGAUUCUUGAGUUGACAAAAAUUAAAGAUUCUAGAUUAGCUGCUACUGCUGCUCACCCUGAGACUGACUCUGGAGAUUCAACUCAUCUGCUGCCAGGGAGGGAUGAAAAAGAUUCUUGUACUGAAUUCAAACAGGAAGUACUUUCUGAAAAGGCAAGUCUUUUUAUGCAAACAUUGGAUUCAGCUAUUCUAUCAGAUGCUGUCAGAGAGCAGAAGUCUAGGUCAGUGGUCAGUGGCCCCCAGCAAACUAAGCAAAUUCACUCAGCCACAGAAAAGGUUGAAAAUCAAAUUGGGGCUGUAGGUAAGCCUGAACCCCAAGAAGAAAUCCCAAAACCUGUCCUUACCCAGAAAUCAUCCCAAAUCAAAUCUGCAACACCUAAACCGUCACCAUGUAAAACACUACUACCAGCUGCUAGCAAGGUGAAAUGUCCUCCCACUAAAAACAUCCGUCUGUCUACAUCCACCGGACAAAAGAUAUUACUUAGUCUUGAGAAGGAUGUCAGCUUUGAAGAAUUGCAGGCUUUGAUCACCAAAAAACUUGGCAUCCCUGCAAAUAGACAGAAAAUACGGAUGGGUUUCCCCCCGCGUCAAUUUACCCCAGCUACCAAAAAUGAGCAAGUGCCACUGAAUCAUGGUGACAGACUUGAAGUUGAGAUUUUACCAGAUUUUGAUGCUGGCUCUGACAAGUUGUUGGUUGCUGCUGAUCAGCAAGGCAAGGACAUUUGGUCUUACAUCCAAGAAUUUCCCAAUUUCUUUCACAAGGAUGGAAUUAUCUAUAAUCUAAUGCAACAAACGAAACAUAAAGUGAAUGGAACCCAUUUUACCAUUCCAUUCCUGCCUGGGAAGACAUUUUGUUACUCUGCUUCCAAUGAUGUUGUGCAGAUUUGUUUGCAAACAUAUGGCCAUUUUAAUGUAGAACCUGACAUUGAAAGGAAAGCACGAAAUUUUUAUUUGACUUCAAACCAGCCAUGUCAUUACCAUUUGACCCAUUCCAACAACCAGAUCCAUUCCCAAUAUCCAAGAACUCAAGGAUUUUUUUCUGGACCAGGACAGAUAUUAAUGUCGCAGUGUGAGGAGGCCCAAAUGACUUUGAGCCCUGGAAAGAAAGACUCUGAUGCUGAGCAUAAAAACAUUUCUUCCUAUCAGAGGUUGGGGCCAGGCUUCAGUAUUCUUGGAGGAGAGAUGUCAAAUGUCACAAAUGCCAGUUUAGAAAAGAUUCAAGCCCUGGCUGCAAAUAUUGACCCUUUUUUAAAUUUUACCAAGGAUCAGGAUGCUGAUGAUUUGCAAGGAGAGAAACAAAAUCAAAUGGAAACCACAUAA